CACCUCUGCUGCGUUUUCGCAGCCGUUUUGUUACCGAUGUCGCACAAAGGAUCGCAAUCCGACUGACUCGAAUUGAUUACUUUCAAAGGUGUGGGAGAGCUGUAAACUGUUUCAUAUGCAGAGAACAGGGCCACUGGUUUCAAGAUGACCUCAUGGCUUGUAGAAGAUUCAACGUGUACUGCAAAGCAAAAAAAAAAGAAAAAAACACUAAACUAAUCGAAGGUGAGGACCCCCGCUGGAGUUAAGGACCAUAUGGGGUUGUGCUUUACAAAUUACAUCUAUGGCAACGACUAUAAAUACCGGUUGAGUUUCUCUGUUGUUUAGCCUCCGACGUCUCUUCUCUAAUCAUCGAUCCAUCCAAUGUUCAGAACAUCCACUAAAGUCAGUGCUCUUAGACUUUCCUUGGCUCUUAGAGCUUCAAGAUUGUACUCCACAAUCCCACUCAGUGUGCCAGUCACAUUGCCAAACGGUGUUACCUAUGACCAACCAACUGGUCUUUUCAUCAACGGUGAAUUCGUCCAAUCCCGUCAACACAAGACCUUCGAGGUGAUCAACCCAUCCACGGAGGAGGAAAUCUUGCACAUCUACGAGGCCCGUGAAGACGAUGUCGAGGCUGCUGUUGAGGCUGCUUCAAAGGCCUUCGACUCUACAUGGUCCACUGCUGACCCAGAGUUCAGAGGACGUGUGCUCUACAAGUUGGCUGACUUGAUCGAUGAGCACGCUGAGAUCCUUGCUGGCAUUGAAUCUAUGGAUAACGGUAAGUCCCUCUUGUGUUCUCGUUAUGAUGUUGCUCUUGUCUCCAAGUACCUUAGAUCAUGUGCUGGUUUUGCUGAUAAGGUUUACGGACGUGUCAUUGAAACUGGUAACUCACACUUCAACUACACUAAGAGAGAGCCAAUUGGUGUCUGUGGUCAAAUCAUCCCAUGGAACUUCCCUCUCUUGAUGUGGUCGUGGAAGAUUGGUCCAGCUUUGGCCACUGGUAACACCGUGGUUCUCAAACCAGCUGAGGCAACUCCACUUUCCGCUUUAUACGUCUCCAAGCUGUGUAACGAGGCCGGUAUCCCAGCUGGUGUCGUGAACAUCGUUCCAGGUUUCGGUAAGAUUGUGGGUGAAAAGAUUGCUCGUCACCCAAAAAUCAAGAAGAUUGCAUUCACCGGUUCUACAGCUACUGGUCGUCACAUUAUGGAAGCUGCUGCUCAAUCCAACUUGAAGAAGGUCACUUUGGAGUUGGGUGGUAAGUCUCCAAACAUUGUCUUCAACGACGCUGAUGUCAAGCAAACCGUUCAAAGUUUGAUUACCGGUAUCUUCUUCAACUCUGGUGAGGUCUGUUGUGCUGGUUCCCGUGUCUACGUCCAAGAUGGUGUUUACGAGAAGGUUCUAGAUGAGUUCAAGAACGCUGCAAACUCAUUGAAGGUUGGUGAACCAUUCGCUGAAGGUACUUUCCAAGGUGCUCAGACUUCCCAAAUGCAACUUGACAAGAUCUUGUCCUACGUCAAGACCGGUUUGGAUGAAGGUGCCACCUUGAUUGCUGGUGGUGAGAGACUUGGUGACAAAGGUUACUUCAUCAAGCCAACCAUUUUCGCUGAUGUUAAGGAAGACCACAGAAUUGUCAAGGAGGAGAUCUUUGGCCCUGUUGUCACCAUCUCAAAGUUCUCUACUGUUGAUGAGGUUGUCAAGAUGGCCAACGACUCUAACUACGGUUUGGCUGCUGGUAUCCACACCACUGAUAUUAACAAGGCCAUUGACGUUGCCAACAGAGUCAAGGCUGGUACUGUCUGGAUCAACACAUACAACGAUUUCCACCAACAAGUUCCAUUCGGUGGUUACGGUGAAUCCGGUAUCGGAAGAGAAAUGGGUAUCGAUGCCUUGGACAACUACACCCAAGUGAAGGCUGUUAGAGUCGCUAUCAAGUCCAAGAGCGCCUAAAAACUUUGUUACGUCUGUUAUGAAUUUGAUAUUCCUUUUAUUAUGUUAACUUUCC